AUAUAGUUGAUUGAGUAGGACGAUGACAUUUCUUCGUCACACGACGGCUUACACAAAGUUUAUCAAAUAUAUUUCUUAUUAUUAUUGAUAAGUGUUGAUAGGACAGCACAUUGAUAGAGUUGCGGCAUAGUGAUAGAAAUAAAAGGAAAAUAUUUGAGAAAAUGUCGUGGAUUUCGGACUAUCAGUAUGAAUGGCACGAAAGACUGGCUAUGAAAAUUAUGAGAUCCGGUGGUUAUAUACCACGCCACAUAGCCUUUGUAAUGGAUGGUAAUCGCCGUUAUGCAAAAUCUCAACAUUUGCGCUGCAUAGAGGGCCAUUCGCAUGGUUUUGAUAAGAUGGCAAAAACCUUACGUUGGUGUUUGGAUAUUGGAAUAAAAGAGGUAACCACUUUUGCAUUUAGCAUCGAAAACUUCAAAAGAUCCGAUGACGAAGUGAAUGGAUUGUUGGAUUUGGCGAGAGAAAAAUUCAGAGAUUUAAUAAACGAUGAACCCAAAUUGAAUGAGUAUUCUAUCCGCAUCAUGGUAAUUGGAAAUAUAAAUUUAUUGCCAGAGGAUUUACAGAAGUUAAUUGCAAAGGCAAUGAUAAUUACAGAGCACAAUGAUAAACUAUUCCUUAAUAUAGCCUUCUCAUACACCUCGCGAGACGAAAUUACUCAGUCUGUUGAAACUAUUCUGAAACUGGGUGACGAACUAAAACCAGAGGAUAUCAAUGAACGCUUAAUUGAAGAAUGUCUGUAUACAAGACAUUCUCCACCUCCUGAUUUAAUUUUUCGAACAUCAGGUGAAACUCGUAUAAGCGAUUUUAUGAUGUGGCAGCUUUCGACGACGGUUAUAUAUUUCACAAAUAUUUUAUGGCCAGAAAUAACGCUUUGGAAUUUUUUAAGUGGUAUAUUUGCAUAUCAACGGGCAAGUAUACGCUUAGAAUCUUUUAAACGACAAAAACGAUUGGAACAUGCACAACAGGCGAAAAACUGUAAUUACUACUCUGAACGUAUUCAACAUUUCUUGCGUACGCUAGAUAGUUAUAGAAAAAAUGUACUAUUAAGUUUAUCAACAAGCAAUUAAUUAUAUGGAAAUUGUUUUAGGGUCAAAGUUAAAGGUACGAUUAAAGAAAUAUAAUAAUUUUAAA